GUCAAAGUGCGGUAAUUAGUGAAAUGUUUGAUCAUAAAAAUAAAAACACGUUGUAAAUAUUAUCAUUUACAUUUAUUCUGUAAAAGUUAUAACAAUAUUCAAAAUGACUGACGAAAAUUCUUGGAGGACUCCGACAUUUCGACAAAGUGUCGUCGCAAAAAUUGAGGAAGCCAUCAGGCAAUCCGGAAUGAACACAUCCCGGAACAGCAUCGAAAUGGAGAACCACGUCUUUCAAAAGGCCAAAAACAAGGAGGAGUACCUGGGUUUCGUCGCGAGGUUAAUUUUGCACGUUAGAGAAAUGAAACCCAAACAAGGUGGAGGGAUGGCUGUUCCAGGACAAGGUCAAGGCGGUCCAGGCAUGCAAGAUCCGAUCAACGCCCUCCAAACUUUAGCCAGCCAAGGAACGCGCAAUUCCAUGAUGAACAUGGGCCCCCAGGGGGCGCAAAUGGGGGGACCCCAACAAGCCCCCGCCACGAAUUUAUUACAAACAUUAAACCGGGGCCCUCAACAGAUGAUGAUGGGUAACGCCAUUCCUGGCGGUUUGCAGAACAUGCAGGACAGGCAAAACAUAAAUAUGGCAUCCAACGGUAGCCAAAUGAGCGCGCAGCAAAUGGGCAAUCAAAUGGCCAAUCAAAUACGACUGCAGCAAAUGCAAAACAAUUCCAUGAAUCAGAUGGGCAAUCACCUCGGCGGGCCCUUACAAAACGCCGUUCAAAACCAAAUGGGCAAUCAGAUGUCCGCCCAAAUGUCGGGCCAAAUGCAAAUGGCCAAUAGCAUGGCCAAUCAAAUACAAAACCAAAUGAUGGGAGGGAUGUCCCAGCUACCGCAACAGAAACCCCAAGGGAUGAUCAUGAACCAAAUGAACCCGAACUUCCCGCGGAACCCGACGCCCAAUCAGAUGUUCACCCAGAGCCCGUCGCCGUCGGUGCAAUCGCCCGCCGGGCUGGGCAGCCAGCCGCCCGUCGCCUCGCCGGCGCUCGCCUCGUCGCCCGGCGCCCAGAUGAGCAUGAUAGGCAGCGCGGGGCCGCCGCGCUCCGUCGGCAUGGCGCCCAGCCCGGGCAGCUCGCUGAACACGCCCGGCCCGCCCAACCAGAGCCCCAUGGCCGACGAGCAGGUCUACAGGGAGAAGGUCAGGCAUCUGAGCAAAUACAUCGAACCUUUAAGGAAGAUGAUCGCUCGAGUCGGCAACGAAGAUGUCGAGAAAAUGAGCAAGAUGAAGAAGUUGUUGGAGAUACUGUCGAAUCCGCAACAGCGGAUGCCUUUGGACACGUUGCUGAAAUGCGAAAUCGUUUUGGAGAAGAUCGAUUUCAAGCGGGGGGAUAGCAGCGUGCCCGCUUCCACCACGCAAUUGCCGUUCAAGGAGCCCCACGUUUUUCACGCGCUCCUCGACGCCGUCAACAGCAAUCUGCAGAGUCCCGUCAUCAAUCACACGUUGCACCGCACCUUCGGGCCCACUUUAGACGCUUUGUUCGGACCCGAAAUCAAGUUGGUGUCUCCGCUGAAAAAGGCCAAAGUGGAGGAGCAAUCGAGCGACAUACCGGACGUGUUGCAGGGCGAAAUCGCCCGUUUAGAUCAGAAAUUCAAGGUGUCGCUGGACCAGAACCAACAGCCGGGCUCCAAGUCGAUACAGUUGAUUUGCUGGUUGGACGACAAGCACCUGCCGUGCGUGCCUCCGGUGUCGUUGACGGUGCCCGAGGACUAUCCGAUCGCGUCGCCGACGUGCCACAUGAACCCGCACGAGUACAAGGCCACGCAGUUCCUGUCGGCCGUGCAGGCGGCGCUGCAGACGAGGAUGAAGAAGCUGCCGAAGCAUUUUUCGGUGUCGCAGCUGUUGGAUACGUGGGAGAUGAGCGUGAGACAGGCGGCGGCGCCUCAUCAGGCGGCGUUCGAUUUCACGGCGGCGUUGCUUAAUAUUUAAUUUGUGUUAUGUAUCUAUUUCUUAUAUUUCUUACAUUCUGUGUAUUCUAUUCUAUUUCUUUUCUAUUAUUAUCGGUAAUAAUUGUAAAGUAAGUGUUGUUUUUAAAGUAGAGAGUUUUCUCAUGUUUUUUUGUGGUGUUGAAUUUUUUAAAUGGGCUAGUGAGAUUAAAUGUUUUUCCGGCGAUAACGAUGGUAUUUGGUAAAUUUGAUAACGAGUUUUUGAUAAUGAAUGUUACAACGUGUCCGAGUAAUAUUUCAAUUUUGUGACACCAUCGCCGGAUUAACGUGACGUGUAUUAAAUCUAUCUGAAGAAAUAAGUCUGAUGUCAUUUUUUUUAAUAAAGACGUUUUUAGAUUUUUA